AUGUAUUUUUACAAUCAAGAUAAAGACGAUCCUCAACAACAGAAUGCACUCUUUGGACACUCUUUUGACGAUACUUCCACAAUGAAUAAUCCAUUUCUAAGCUUCAGUCAAAGUCUACCCUCUCAGUCAUUUGAUAACACAUCAUAUCAGAAUGAUACCUCUCCUUCACCUUCCAACAAUCAAGACAUGCUAUUUUCGCAGCAAUUGAAUGACUACAACUUUUUCGAUCAAGACAAUGCCUUGUUUUCGGACGCUCAUUUGGAUCCAAACAUGCUGUUAGGAACCAUGUCAAAUGAUGAGCAACAAGCCAUCUUGUUUUCUGACCCAAAUUUCAUCAGACAACAGCAACUGCUGCAAGAGCAACAGCAGAAGGCAAACAAAAUGAUGUUGGAGAAUGAUAAGGACAUUUCAACAUCAUCCUCUUCACCGUCAUCCACCGUAGCAGCAGCAGCAGCAACAACUACUGCUCCACAUUCAAACUUAUCCGCCAUGUUCAAUACGCCUUCUUCUGUUAGCAGCAACACUGUACUAAAACCGCAGUUGGAGCCGAUUAAUUUGAUUACAAGCCAAGAGCAAAAAAACAACUUUGCAAAUAGUCAAAACAAUAGAAGAUCGAUUUCUGGCAAAAGUGCAUCCCUGAUACCCUUAUCUUCUUCUACACCCAGUAGUACUUCCGAGUCAACAGGAGGCAUUGAUCACCAACGCCGUUUCAACGAACUUCAAGCAAGGUUUCGUGUCAAUUAUGCAAAGAAAUCCCAAAAGCAGCAGCAGCAACAACCACAAGAUGAUUUAACGGGUACAUCCAUGCCUAUUACUUAUGCUGAACAACGAUCUUUCCUGUCCUCUUCCUUCACAGACGGCACUGGACCCUCACGAAGAAAGCUUUCGCUGGAUCCAACAUCGAGCAAAUCCAAUCGAAUCAUCCGAGAACCUGGUAAGAUUAAGGUAGUAGGAGGUACAGCAGGUUACAAUAGCAAUGGUAACGUGGGUGGCGCUGGAAAAUCAGCAACAGCAGCAGCAGCCAUGGCGAUGCCUAUCAACAUCAACAACAGUACAAACACAGCCACCAUGGCUCGCACAAUGCCCAUUCAAAUACAACGAGUGCAUCGAGCCAACGCAUUUCAAUCAUUUGAUCUUGAACAGCGUCAAAAGCGAUUGGACGACCAACUUGUCAAGGUGGAUUUCGAGGACAUUACAGUAUCAGAGCUGAAGGACAUGUUGAGACAGCGAGGAAAGCCAGCUACCGGUAAAAAAGCCAUGCUCGUACAGCGACUGCAAGAGGAAAGAGACAUGAUUCAACAUGCAAGAGCAAAUGGUAUCCCUAUUGCCAAUCGUAAUGCACAGCCUACAACCACAAGCACAACACCCUCCUCGGGCUCGUUCUUGGCAGAAGGUAGUAGCCCUAUUCUCUCUUCGCCCAUGAUGGAACAUGCAGCUUCACUACCAGACUUGUCAAGCUCACCGACUGCCGUGGGGCUUGGUUCACUCAACCGUUCUAUUGCUGACAUGCACAUUGGAUCGCCCCCCAUGACAUCGCAGCAAUCUCGCCGUUUUGCACCUUACAGUUCACCCAGAGUUGCCUCUACAAACAACAACAACUUGUCAGCGACAGGAAAUGUAGAUCUUUAUUCGUCUUCCAUGCCAACUGGAAGCCUUGACAUGAUGAUGAUGCAACAACAUGAUCAACAGCAGCAACAGAUGCAAAAACAAACAGAACCCCGUGUAAUGAGAGGCUUUAAUUUUGGAAAGAAGUCUUAUGCUCCCUUUGCUUCCUCUGCAUUAGCCACGCCAGAUAGAGAAGACGAGUCUGAUCCAUUUGAUCAGUUGGAAAAGAUUUCAGAGAACCCUACAUACAACAACAAUACCACAGGCGACAUGGAAUGGACCGAUCCAUCGAUUGAACUCAUGUUACAGCAAGGCGACAUGGAAUUUCAAGAUAAAUCUGCAGACGAGUUGUUGUCAUUUUUAGCAACAUCGAACCCUGAAUUUGAUGGUUCACAGUUCAUGUACAACAAUCAAGACCUACUGAACAACAACUUUCAGAAUUUUGGAGGAGGGUCAGACUUGAGUAGUGUCAUGUUUGAUGGAUACACAACGAUGGAUGACCAAAACCUGCACCAGCAUAGCAGUGAACAUCAUCAUUCAUAG